AUGUGUCAGUAUUGUCAGAAGCCAUUCUCAAGUGCCAGUGCACUUCAAAUCCACAUGCGAACACACACCGGCGACAAACCAUUUAAAUGCCCAGUUUGUGGCAAAGCGUUCACUACAAAAGGAAAUUUGAAAGUCCACAUGGGAACUCAC